AGUACAUAUAUAUUUAUCGUUUCAUUUCUGUAUCGUUUUCUGGUGUCUUCUGAUGGAGACACGGUUAUCUUUCGUGUUCCUACUGUAACCUGACUUUCCCCAGCAUCUGGUCCAUGCAUUCACAUGGUUUACUUAAAGGAGUUGUACGUUUCUCUCUUAUAUAGCCUUCUUAUACUUCCGCACCAAAUAUGGACUUCCAUGACACACGGCCAGGUGGAAACGCACUAUGACCCUGACUUCCGGUGGAGCGCGUGGAAUGAGUUCUCGCCAUGUUCUCGUUCAUGUGGUGUUGGAGUAAAGCGUCGGUACAGGACCUGUUACAGAUUUGGCCGACAUCCGACUCCAGUGGAGGCUGAGCUGUGCCGUGGGGACAAGGAACAGCGCCAGACUUGCAACGUCAAGAAAUGUCCGGAAGGGGCCCUGGAUUUCCGAGGUCUCCAAUGUGCUUUCUUUAAUGGGCUCAGUCACAACAACCGGAAACACUCGUGGAAACCCUUCAUCACAGGCCACAUCUCACCAGCCUCACACCAUCGUCUCCACCCCUGCUCACUCGUCUGCUCUGCUGUAGACGUGGCCGGACUGGUCGUCAAGUUUACGUCAAAAGUCGUCGAUGGCACGAGCUGUUCCCUUGACGACACCCCGAAAAUUUGUGUCAAGGGUCUAUGUGAGACACUUGGAUGUGACCUGCAGCUCGACUCCAGCGCCACCUACGACAGGUGUGGAGUUUGUAAUGGUGACGGAAGUUCAUGUGAGGUGGUUUCUGGUUCCAUAUCCCAGGUGCUCUACUCAGGAUACAGGACUUUGGUAGAGAUUGAGGAAGGUUCCCGGAAUAUCCAUAUACGGCAGACGUCAGGGUCGGAAGCUACCGUCGCCCUAAAAUCCUCUGAUGGAAUCUUCUUCCUGAAUGAUGCCAACAGACGCGAACGUCUAGCCGGAUCAAAGGUCAUUGCGGGCACUGUUAUGCAUUACGAACAAAGUGAAAAUGGUGGUGUUUCGUUCCUCCGAAUGAAGGGACCCAUCUCCGAGCAGCUCGAUAUCCUCGGAUUUACACUGGAAACGUACAGUAGCAUCAAUUUCGAAUAUGAAUUCAUCAGAACAACUGUCACUACCAGUCGCGAAGUCAUCGAUUCUAUGCCCCAAGAAAACAGUUACGAGUGGCAAAAGCUUCUCAAUACGCAUGUGACAUCAGUCAGCGGAUUUGCUGCUCCCCAUGACCAAUUCCGCGAUGACACCACCAGUUGGAAUAACCCAUCAAGUGAUACAGACGACACCACAGACGAAGCAGUACCAGAUACUGGAAUUAUUGACGAUGUGAAUCUACUUCCUGUUCCGGAAGAAGCCACUACCAAGGGUACAACUGUGACAACCGUUCUCGAUAAAUCGUUUCCUCGUAUCAAAAUCAUAAAACGCCUUUCGCGCAAACGAAAGCCAAAACUUCGAAAAUCGAACGUUCCGAAGUACCUCCCGGAAAAUACCGAACAUGGGAACAUCUACAGUAAACUCAGCACGACUGGCGUUGAAAGAAAGCAAGAACAUACUACAGAUAAGGGUCACUUGUCACAGAACCUAGCCCGCAGUCUGGGUAUCGAUAUCAGUGUACGCAGUAGUACAAGGCAUGUGGACAACACAGAGGAAGGUAAUGAGGAAUUCCUUCCACGAACAACCAGAACUGGAUAUGAAUGGCGGAGGAAUACCAUCACACCAUGUAGCUCUACGUGUUCCUUCGGAACACAGAUAAACUUGUUUAGAUGUGAGAGACAGGAUGGUGUCAGUGUCAAUGAUAGUUUUUGUGACGAGAGUCUGCGUCCAAGCCCAACUUAUCACGAGUGUGGGCGGAAACGAUGCCAGCCAAGGUGGGUGACGGGUCCCUGGGCGCCAUGUUCCAGGACGUGUGGUGGAGGGGAGUCUGUUAGGUCGGUACGGUGUUGGCAAAUGUUGGCUCCCGGAUUUGAUAGUACGGUUCACGCUUACCUGUGUAACCUAAGAGCAGAGCCCAUGUCGUCUCGUAGAUGCGGUGAAAUCCCUUGUGGCCCUCAGUGGGAGGUUUCGCAAUGGCAACAGUGCUCUACAAUGUGUGGAAAUGGCUUCCAGACAAGACACGUCAAAUGCAGUAGUGGAAGUGAUGUUUACUGUUCAGCGCGGUCAAGGCCACAAAACAAGCGCUCAUGUAAUAUGGGGACGUGUACAAAUCAGUGGUACACGGUCAGCUGGUCUCCAUGUUCGGGCCCUUGUGGCAGAGGAACACGUCAGCGCCACGUGGGAUGUAGGGAUCCACAGGGUCGCCUCCUAGCAGAGAGCUAUUGUGACCCCAACACCAAGCCUUUAUCUACUAUUGCCUGUGGAGAGUCCCUGUACUGCCCACCAACUUGGGUGGCCCAGCCGUGGGGCACGUGUAACCUGGACUGUGGGACAGGAGAAGUUUCCCGGGAGGUCACGUGUGGCUCUGUCGUCGGCGGUAAGUUCCGCCUCCAGUCCAACAUCAACUGUAAACGGUCCCCGCGCCCCAAGUUGACCACACCUUGUCUGGUGGAGGAGUGUCGGGCGAUUUGGUUCACCACUACCUGGUCUGAGUGUUCAGAAACAUGCGGAGAAGACGCUGUGAAAACACGAGAUGUACGAUGUUACCAUGGAAACCAGACUUCAGACAGAUGUAGUAUGAACGACAAACCGCAGAUUACUGAAAGAUGUAAACUUCGACCAUGUCCCGAACAAGAAGACGACAGAUGUCAUGGUGACCGGAUAGAGAACUGCCAUUUGUUGGUACCAGACUUGUGUAAACAGGCGUACUAUUCAUCGCAGUGCUGUGCCACCUGUCAACGAAAAACGGCACAGGGGGACAAGGAAGCGUAACUCUUGACUUCAAACCAAGUACGACAGUUAGGGAGAAAAUCGACCGAACAUAUCUCUGGUUAAUUGUGUAAGGUAGUGAAACUUAGUAAACAUUUUAUAGCUUUCUAAGGGCCUGAACAAGAAAUAUGUAAAAGGUACCUAUACAAUUGUUCAGUCAUGGUAACACGUUACGUGUACGUAAAUGUAAUUGAGUAGUGGUUUACGUAAAACUCAUACAAAAUACCAGGUAUUUGAUAACUGUGGACUGUGUCAAACCUGUUUGACUAUUUGUUUUAAUUCAAUGCAAUCGAUACAAUAGGUCUUCUUUUAAAUCUGAGCAUUACGGUCUGACAAGGUAGCUGAAUCGUUAUGUAUUUCUUGACGUAAGAACUUAAGUCAGACUGUCAUCAAUUCCGGCUUAGAUGUGCUGUUCUUCUACAUGUAUACCUUAAGUUCAAAUAGUUUAAUGAAACUCGGAAGGUUAGAAUAAGUUAAAAAAAUCAAACAUUUUUAUUAUUUUGGAGGAUUUUAUUCUGAAACGCUUGAAGAUUACGUAUAUAGAAUUCGCAUAAUAUAGAAACUAUACCGGAAAACAUACAAAUGUACCUGUUUAAUUAUUUUAAUAUAACGUGUGAUAUAUGAACACGUGCGCUGUGACGUACAUACCCCAGGUGUGAUCUAAACAUGUGAGGUACAUAACUAGGUGUGAUAUAAACACGUACGCUGUGACGUACAUAUCCCAGGUAUGACAUAAACACGUUCUGUGAAUACCUAUAAUGUUAACGACAUAUUUUAUGGGUCCAUCCUGUAUGUUGUCUCUGUCUUGUUUACAUUCCAGUAGCUGUAAACUUGUAUUACUGUGUUGUCAGACUUUAAUAACAAACUGUGUACAUUGCCGACAUCAUGUUGGUAAUCAUUAAAUAAUGAGAGCGUCAUACUUCCUUAACAAAUAGUGUAUAUAUUUGGUCAUGUAUUGUAUGAAUUACUGUCUUAAAUCAAUAAACAUUUAUGUAAGUAGGCAUUUGAUCUUACCUGUAUUUUUGUUAUGUAUUGUAUAACCAUCAGUAUGUAUUGUGCAGCCAUCAGUAUGCACUGUACAGCCAUCAGUUUGUAUUGUACAGCCAUCAGUAUGUAUUGUACAGCCAUCAGUAUGCAUUGUACAGCCAUCAGUAUGUAUUGUACAGCCAUCAGUAUGUAUUGUACAGCCAUCAGUAUGCAUUGUACAGCCAUCAGUAUGUAUUGUACAGCCAUCAGUAUGCAUUUUACAGUCAUCAGUAUGCAUUGUACAGCCAUCAGUAUGUAUUGUACAGCCAUCAGUAUGCAUUGUACAGCCAUCAGUAUGCAUUGUACAGCCAUCAGUAUGUAUUGUACAGCCAUCAGUAUGUAAAGUUUUUAUACUUGUUCACACUUCUAAUGAAAUAGUGUUACAAAUAAAUCUGGACAAAAUGUCAGGAUUAGUACACUCGACCUGGUGUAUUAUCGAGGCGGUGCCUGCCGAAGAAUCAAGACUUCAAUAAGACAAAUAACCCAGUCAGAAUAGUGAACCUUUUUUUAAAUCAAUAAAAGAGGUUGAACCUUAUUGGACCGAUAAAACACAGCAUUUCGAAAAGGCGCUGUAUGGAACGUAAAUCGAAUGAUCUCUUAUCGCUUAAAGUGUCACCUUCAAAACAUUAAUAUGUAGUAAUGAACAUAACGGACGAAGAAAUUUUGGAAGAAAAAUACGAUAGAAUAGUAAAUAAAAAUAUGUAUGAA